CUAAAAGGCUCCGUACGUGCGGGGAAGUAUUGGGGGAUUAUUUAUACUGUGUCUAUGGCAUCUGAUGGGCUGGAUGCCGCGCUUCGAGGUGGCCAAGCAGCAAUCAACUACAACAACACCGAUAUGAUCUGCUACAACUGGAACGGAGCGCGUUUUCCUCUGCACUCUGCAAAACAUAUUGAACCAAACCUUCAAGCGCCAUGUCGGCAAGUAGAUUGGCAUAUUACGGACAAACGGCACUAGAGCUCUUCAUGGCCUGAAUUCUUCUCACCUCUUCCGACUUCAAUGCCGUGAAGGCUUUCUCAACCCAAUUACCUCGUCAUCAACUAAUAUUAAACCAGAAAAUCUGGGAGCACAAGUUAUUUGCAAUACAGCUUCAGUCGGCGUGCACGCAGUGCAGCAAUUCUUCUUUAUCAUGGCGAUUAAAUUCGCAAGCCAGAAGUUCCGGAUAUUCUCCCGUCGCUCGAUCCUCACAAACGACUCGAUACGCAAAUGUAUUAUGCUAUAUCUUCUUUUUUUUUUAAAAAAAAAGCCUUAUGCUGCGCAAGAUACGUCUUUGCGUACCAAGAAGACUGGCGCCUUAGUGAUGGACAAUUCGCCCUUACCUGGAUGAGCGGCUGGUCUUACCAGUUCAUCGCCAUCGAGUUAAUGGAUGCCGUUGCCGCAUUCCCCCCCUUUGCAUGUGCGCCCUUUGUUAUUACUACUUGGGUUCCCUUCAACAUUUCUUCUUCUGCAUUGAGUGCUAACCUUUGGGGCCGGGCUUCUAUAAACUCAUGUAUGCUCUAGCGGUCGAAUUUACUGAGACUUUCGUUACAAUCACUUCUGGUGGAGCGGUCGAUCAUUAUACCGCAACUUGCCUGUUUUGUUUGCGCGGGCACUACUGCUACA